AUGAAGUCCAUCCUCAACCUGGCCGUCCUCCUCUUCCUCCUGCCCUUCUCCUACGCAUUGAAAUUCGAACUUCUCGCACAACCGGGUCACAGCGCGAAGAACGAGCGAUGUAUACGGAAUUUCGUCACGAAAGAUACUCUCGUCGUUGUCACGGCGAUUGUGAGCGGGAGCAGAGGGGAUGGGCAGAUGGUUAAUAUGCAUAUCAAAGAUGCUGUUGGCAACGACUAUGGCCGACCGAAAGAUGUCGCAGGCGAGAAGAGGAUGGCUUUUACAAGUCUGGCGGACACUGCGUUCGAUGUGUGCUUCGAGAAUACCUUGGUUGGACGAACGCAUCUGCAGAACCCUUCGCGACACGUCGAACUCGACAUCGAUAUCGGAGCGGACGCACGAGAUUGGUCGGCAAUUCAAGCCUCCGAGAAGCUGAAGCCCGUCGAGACGGAGCUGCGACGGAUAGAAGAGUCAGUCAAUGAGAUCGUGCAAGAAUUGGAGUACCUUCGGAUUAGAGAGCAGAAACUCCGUGACACGAACGAGAGCACGAAUGAGCGAGUCAAGUGGUUCGCCCUGGGGACGAUGGGAAUGCUGGUCGGACUGGGAGCGUGGCAGGUCGUGUAUCUGCGAGCUUAUUUCAGGUCGAAGCAUCUUAUCUAA